AUGCAGCAGGAAGACUUGAAAGCAGUUAUAAGAAAAGCUAACUUAGACACUUUUCUACAAAAUGCAAGUGAAUGUUGCAGCCUCUCAGAACAAUUGAUAAACCGGAACAGCAUGAGGUCGUUUUUGAAUGUUUACCAAACAAUAGAUGUCCAUGUGAAACGAUACUUACAUACCACAGUUAAAGAUUCAACUGGUGACGAAAUGAAAAUCGAGAAAAAGAUUAAGUCUGAGAAUAAUCUUGAAUUAAUCAACAGAAAUGUUAAAAAUCUAGAAAUAUCUGAGGCAGACGAAGUUAUGCAAACGUUGAUCGACAAGGACCAAGGCAGUGGAGUUUUGAUUGAGAGUAAAACCAUAUUUAAAAGUGAAUCUAAUUCACGAUAUGUAGAAGGUCGAUUUAUACUGAAAUAUCGACCUUCUGAACAUACCAUUUUCCUUCUAGCUAAAUCUCCCAAAAGCAAGACUACGAUCGAGUUCCAUAGAGUUCAGAGCAUAAAAUUCAAAGGCCCGUUGUGGCCGGUUUUUGCUGCAUAUGAUUUUAAUGAAAUCGCGGUUUCAAUCAAUAUCAAAACAAAUGAGGUUGGGUUUGAUCGUUAUACAUUGCACCAAAACUUAUACAUUUAUAACGACAACAAAACGAUGUCUAAUAAAAAUCUAAGUGGCACAUAUCAAAACAACAAUUUUACAACUCCAAUUAUUUUGAUGCGUCCUAUGCAAAUUGGAAACUCAAAUGAUUUUCAAAUAAUGCUUGAUAUUGAUUUUGACGAUUCAAAUUGGGGUCAUGUAUUUUUUAAGAUCGGCCUUCGUUGGGGAAAAGACGCAAGUUUUAAAGCAACUUUACUUUUAGAAUGUUGGCUUUGUAAUAUGGGUUAUGUUUUGGGUUUAUAUCGAACAAUGGUCUGUCGGUUGGUAAUGGUACCAUGUUUAUUUCAGUAGGUCACAAUAUGUUUUUUUUUUACAUUACCACCAAAAU